CCUUCCCAGCGCACAAGCAACGUCCGCUCAACCUUUUUCAAAGACUGUUUGUACGAGGUGUUUGACGACCUGGAGUCGAAAAUGGAAGAUGCGGGGAAGCAGCUGCUGCAGUCCGUGCUUCACCUGAUGGAAAACGGGGCGCUGGUGUUAACCACGAACUUCGACAACCUGCUGGAGCUGUACGCAGCGCACCAGGGCAAGCACCUGGAGUCUCUGGACCUGACCGAUGAGAAGAAGGUGCUGGAGUGGGCGCAGGAGAAGAGGACGCUGAGCGUCCUGCACAUCCACGGUGUUUACACCAACCCCAGCGGCAUCGUGCUGCACCCGGCCGGGUACCAGAACGUGCUGCGCAACACAGAGGUGAUGCGCGAGAUUCAGAAGCUGUAUGAGAAUAAGUCAUUCCUGUUCUUGGGCUGUGGUUGGACUGUUGAUGACACCACGUUUCAGGCCCUGUUUUUAGAGGCUAUGAAGCACAAGUCCGACCUGGAGCACUUCAUGCUGGUGCGGAGGGGAGACGUGGACGAGUUCAAGAAGCUGCGGGAGAACAUGCUGGACAAGGGGAUCAAAGUCAUCUCCUACGGAGACCAAUACGCCGACCUGCCCGAGUACUUUGAGAGGCUGGCGGGCGAGAUCGCCACGCGGGGUCACGCAGGUGUGCCUAAGGAGGGCCAGCAGCUGAACGGCUCUGCUGCCGCCUGCGCCGAGAUGAAAGAGCACAUCUGCGAUACGGAGCUACAAGACACGCAAACGCUGAGGCAGGAGCACGCUGCCUUCGUCCUCCAGCUCCGACCGGCGCGAUAGGACCGAGCUGCCGCAGCUCUCCUGCUCCUGCCCCAAAAUGCCGUGUCCAGAGACCCUUCCUCUGGAGCCCAAAACCCGGGGAUUUUAAGGCAAUUGAAGCAUUUUUUCCCCCUCCAGCCGUUUUUGGUUCAUCAGCUCGGGGUGGAGCUGCCGCUAGCGGCGCCGUGA